AUGGCCGCUUGCCCUCUCCUUCCCCUCUUUCUCGUCGACAGAGUCCUCUGCUUUUUUUCCUUCAUCUGCUCUAGUUCGCUCUUGCCUCGUAGAAGCCGAGCUGUCUCCGCGUAUGCUUCGUUUGCUCUUCUUCUCUUUUCUUUUCCGGCCUUCAUCGCACCCCAUGCUGGUAUCUUCUCUGUCCGCGCGAGUACCCUCUCCGUCGACGCCUUUUUUCCGUCGCCCGCACACCUCAGCCAGGGGCAGGUCGGUUUUUCAGGCAGGCCGGUUCUCUUCUUAAACAAAGAAAAGACGUCAAAGACAUUGUUUCCUUCUUCGAUUGCUCCUCAUCUUCCUCCUCCUCUCGUGCCCUCAGCUGCCUCUCUGUCCGGUCCCCUUCGUUCGCGCUGUCACUUCACUGCCCCCUCAAGUGCUUCUCUCUCUUUCGCCUCUCCGUCGCUUUCAGCAUUUCUUUCAUUCGCCUCCUGUUUCGACCGAUGCGCGUUCCCUCUACAUCCUCGUCCACGUCUGCAUCUCUUUCCUGCGCCUGCGUGGACAAGCAGUCUCCGGCACUCUCGCUUCCACGGGUGGGAGAAGCCACUUCUCUCGCCCUCCUACGUGCCCGCCCACGCUGUCCCUGUGCCUGUCCGUAUGCGUUUCUCUUUUCGAUUCUCGUCAGCCCAGCCGUCAGCCUCUCAUCGUUCUUCGUUUCCAUCGUCGCUCUAUUCGUCUCCCAGUGUCUCGCCUCCGGAGUCAGCCGCUUCAGCGUCCUGUUCUCUCUCCUCUUCUUCAGUCUCGGCUCCGCCUCUCCUCACUGCAUUGUGUCCGGCAUGGCCCCGCUCGGCGUCUCGUCCUGCCGCCUUCUUUUCGUUUGAUUAUCUGUGCCUGACGUCGCCCGAGUCGGCGCGCGUGUUUGCUCGUUGUUGGGAACGCAUGCUGACUUGUCUCCUCCUUCCCAUCGCAUCUCAAUCGUGCUCUUCUACUUCUUCGUCUACAUCUCUUACACCGCCCUCUUAUCCGUCUCAUUCUCCUCCGUCUUGCGAGUCUUCCUCAUGUUCCGCGGCCUCUGUUUCUCCUCCUCAUCUGUUCCGGUGUCUAGACAGCGUGCCCCGCCAGUCCAUCGUAUGUGUCGGAGACGGCACUCGCCACGCUGCUGAGGAGGCACUGCAUGCAGUUUUUAAGAGGUUGUGUUGCCAUCGAGGCAAGGCUGAUGACACAGCAACGAACGAAGCGAGGCGAGGACCACUAGAAGGGAAGAACAACGCCAGGGAAAGCGAAGAAGAGACAAGCCAGAACGUGGAGGGGGACGACCGUGUAUCGGGGACUGCCAGCCAGCGCCAUGGAUUCCGGGGACAUAAACUGGACUUGAAUGCAGAAGAAACGGCCACAAGCGAAAGGUCGACGAAUGAUUCUAGGCGGAGAGAGGGCAGGGAACUCGAUUGCAAUUUUCAGAACGUUUCAGAUGAGACACAAAGCGCUUCGCGUGAAAUCCAAAGUCUCUUCUCGCCCUGGAUGCCUUCGGUAGCUACAGCGGCCCGGCUCGCAGCCGACUUGCCUCCUCGUCCCCCAAUUCUUUCCUUGCUGUGUUUGACAAGCGACAACGACUAUCGCGGUGGUUUCAGCCCUGACGCUUUCAACGAGAGGUGUAUUCACGCGCCUGAACAACACACUGACCCGUUGGAAGAUGUGGGCCAUGUUGAUCCCUGGUGUAACUACACCCGAGCUCAGCGCGUUGCGGUGUCAGUGGAGCUUCCCGGCCUGCGCCGUUCGGUCGUUUGCUGUCCAUGCUGGCUGCAAACGCGCGUGGUUUGGCCGACUUCGGCUUUAGCAUCCGAGGACCUCGCAACCACUUUUGAGGAGCGGAAGCUGAGGGAAGUCGUACAGCUUUUCGGCGCGCAAAACGUGUCCGUUUCUUCAGCUCCGCGGUCCUGUGACCAACCAAGCUCCGGCGACAGCCCCGGAGAUUCGGUGUAUAUACACCCCAACAAGAGCUCAUGUGGCGAUGUGCAAAAAGCGUCUUUCCAUGGAACCGUACUUCCGAGUGUGUCGUCUCGAACGCGCGUGUCGUUGUCAGACCACAACGACGUGGCUUUUUCGUCUCGCACACCAGAGGAGAUACACCCCAAAACACGCGAUGCGCCCGAACAUGGGAAGGAAGGCCAGACUGCAGCCAGAGCAGUGAAUGACGUUUUCGGAGGCACAGAAGCGCGUGAAAAGGAAGCGAGAAGUGAAACCGCUUCGUGGACUUCGCUGCCGCUCUUCCGCCUUCAGCGCUUGAACAUUUACACCACCACGCAGAGGAUGCUGGCACUGGAAGAGAGGCAGGCGUUACUUGCGACUCUCAGGGAGGCUUUGUUGAAACGUGAAAAGAGCGCGGAACCUGCAGAUACACCACGCACGGCGGCCGCGCGCGCGACUGUCGAGACGAGGAAAGAAGAAAAAGCACAAGCCUCCGAGACAGAGAGCGGGAAGACAGAAGGGGCGGGGCAACGGCAGCUCUUAGAAGGCGGUCGGGAUGGGAUAGAAGCGCAGACUCAAGAGGGGGAGGAGAAAGGAGAGGACGGACAAGACGCAAAAGUAACUGUAGCCUUUGUCAUGCUAGCGAGUCCUUCAGCAGUCUGGAGCUGGGUUGCAAACGGGCUUCCUCUAGAGCACUCGACUCUCGACGCUCCUGUUCUUCCUUCUUACACGGCCAUCCACGCCGGGGCCAAGCAAAUCGUCGUGGACUCUCUCCCCAGGAAGAAGUCCUCUUCUCGUUCGUCUUCUUCCUCUGCCGCUGCUUCUCCGGCGUCUCCCACUUGCUCACAGGCGCCUCUCGAGCUCUCGCCUUCGGCCCGUGAGGGAUCGGGUCAGCCUCGUAAGGCAGCCAGCCACUUGCUGUCGACAGAAGCUGACUUAAUGCGCCUGCUUGAAGAGUGCAGGAACAGCGUGAUGGAGGGACGCGAAGCAGAGAAGAGGCGGAGAAAAGAAACACAGAAACUCGUGGCUCUCGCGAUCGGCCCCACGACUGCCGCCGCCGCUCGCCACGCAGGAUUCGCGAAGGUCGUUGCGGCCGCACAGCCUGGUCUCGCUGGAUGGACGGAAACGCUGUUUCGGGCGAUCGAGAAUCACGUGGAAGAAGAGAAGAAGAAGCGAAGGAAGGUCUGCUGCGAGGAGAGUGCAAGAUGCGGCAGCGAAGGAGAGAGAGAUGCGGGACACGGGAACAGAGGAUCCAGGGACAAAGAUCAGUUCCAGCGCUCAAAUGAGAAAGUUCGCGUCCUUGUUCUUCUAACGAGAGAAGAAGGAAAAAAUAUGGAACUGGUGAACCUCCUGUGGGAGAGGGGAGUCUCUGUCGACUUCGCUGCGCUCAAGGACUCCCUCAAAGGAGCCGCAACGGACAACGGAAACCAAGAAGAUGCAACGCAAGCCUCUGCUUCUUCCGCUAAGUCUCCCUCUUCUUCAUCUCCUCUUCAUUCUCCUUCUCUCUCUUCUUCUUUUCCACCAAAUGCCUCGACAAUCCCUUUGUUGAGGGAACCCGCCGGCGAAGGCGAGGUGCGGCCAGUGGCCGGAGACAUCGAGGGCGUAAGCGCCACGAAGGACGGGGGACCGGGAACAAGCCUCGAGGACAAGGUAAAAGAGAACGAGAAGGACACACCGACAGGAGAAGAGGGAGAAAGGCAUGGGGGUGUGCGAGAGAAACGCCACAAUAUCGUCAUGAAGGUGCUAGAAGUUCCUCUGCUUAGAACAGAGGCCUUCCGAGGAGUCUUCAAGAGGGAGCAGUCGAUUCUGGAGGAAUUGCUGGCCUCGAAUGUCGUCUCGGCUGUAGAGUCACACGCGAUAGGCUCGAGCCCUAGAGAGACGCCGAAGAAGUAA